AUCCUCUCUCCUUAGUUUGGUUUUGUAACUUGUUUUAUAAGGAACACAGUUUAUAGAUUCUUUUUUUUAUGUGAUGGAAGUGCAGUUAGAAAGAGUGUUUGUAAAUUUGUAGAGAGAAACCGAGGUCAAAAGCUGUGUGCUUGACAGAUUAUAGAACAAGAAUAUUUGAUGAGUUUUGGGGGAUUUCUUGAUAACAGCUCUGAUGAAGGAUUCGGGGGUGCAAGAAUCGUUGCAGACAUCCCUUACAGCAAUAACAACAUGACGACCGGUGUUGUCGAGCAACCUCGAUUCAUGUCUGCUUCUCUUCCGAAGAACAUAUUCAACUCCCCGGGCCUGUCUCUUGCUCUUCAGCAACAGGAUAUAGAUUAUCAAGGGAAUCAUGGGAACAAACUAAUGCUAGAGAAUUUCGAGGGAAGUGGUGGGAGAAGAAGCAGAGAAGAAGAACAUGAGAUCAGCAGAUCUGGAAGCUAUAACUUGGAUGGAGCUUCCGGUGAUGAUCAAGACGCCGCCGACAAGCCUCCGAGAAAGAAGAGAUACCAACGACACACUCCUCAGCAAAUCCAAGAGCUCGAAGCUCUAUUCAAGGAGUGUCCUCAUCCCGAUGAGAAACAGAGAUUGGAGCUUAGCAGAAGGCUUUGCUUGGAAACCAGACAAGUUAAGUUUUGGUUCCAAAACCGUCGUACUCAAAUGAAGACCCAACUGGAACGCCAUGAAAACUCUUUGCUCAGGCAAGAGAACGAUAAGCUUCGAGCCGAGAACAUGUCCAUAAGGAACGCUACGAGGAACCCCAUGUGCACUAACUGUGGGGGCCCGGCGAUUAUCGGUGACAUAUCCCUCGAAGAGCAACAUCUUAGGGUCGAGAACGCUCGUUUAAAGGAGGAGUUAGAUCGAGUUUGUGCGCUAGCCGGCAAGUUUCUAGGGCGACCCAUUUGGACAGUAGCCACUUCGGUUGCACCUCCAUUGCCGAACUCGCGUUUAAGCACAACAUUGCCUUUGGGGUUUGAUUUUGGGGCUGCAGUUCCUCCUAAUAAACCGACAACUGUCGUUACCGGUGUCAAUAAAUCCGUGGAAAGGUCGAUGUUUUUGGAACUCGCGUUGGCUGCGAUGGAUGAAUUGGUUAUGAUGGCACGGACAGAUGAACCACUUUGGAUUAGGAACUUGGAAGGUGGAAGGGAAAUGCUCAAUCAAGAUGAGUACUCGAGGACUUUCACUCCUUGCGUUGCCACGAAAUCAAAUGGCUUUGUCACCGAGGCUUCUCGAGUAUCUGGUGUAGUGAUUAUAAACAGUUUAGCCCUUGUUGAGACCUUGAUGGACUCGAAUCGUUGGUCGGAGAUGUUUCCUUGUAUGAUUGCCAGGACAUCAACCACUGAUGUGAUAUAUAGUGGCGUUGGAGGAACCAGAAACGGUGCACUUCAACUGAUGCAUGCUGAGCUCCAAGUCCUUUCUCCAUUGGUUCCGGUUCGAGAGGUUAAUUUCCUAAGGUUCUGCAAGCAGCAUGCCGAAGGGGUUUGGGCUGUCGUCGAUGUCUCAAACGACACGAUCCUAGAAACUUCGGGUGCACCCUCGUAUGUGAACUGCAGGAGGCUCCCUUCUGGUUGUGUCGUGCAGGAUAUGCCCAAUGGAUACUCCAUGGUGACAUGGGUGGAACAUGCCGAGUAUGACGAGAGCCAAGUUCAUCAACUCUACCGCCCCUUGCUGAGCUCGGGCAUGGCGUUUGGUGCCCAACGUUGGGUCGCCACUCUUCAACGCCAAUGCGAAUGCCUUGCUAUCCUUAUGUCCUCCACUGUUCCUACCCAAGGUCACACAGGGAUAACUGCAGGUGGGAGACGAAGCAUGUUAAAGCUAGCACAGCGUAUGACGGAUAAUUUCUGUGCCGGAGUGUGCGCCUCCACGGUUCAUAAAUGGAACAAGUUGAACGUAGGGCACGUCGAUGAGGACGUUAGGGUUAUUACUCGUAAGAGCGUGGAUGAUCCCGGCGAGCCACCGGGCAUCGUGCUGAGCGCCGCUACUUCGGUUUGGUUGCCGGUGUCUAACAAAAAAUUGUUUGAUUUCCUACGCGAUGAACGGUCGAGAAACGAGUGGGACAUCUUGUCCAAUGGUGGUCCAAUGCAGGAGAUGGCCCACAUCGCCAAAGGCCAAGAUCACGACAAUUGCGUCUCCCUCCUCCGUGCCAGUGCCAUGCACUCGAACCAGAGCAGCAUGCUGAUACUGCAGGAGACAUGCAUCGAUGCGGCGGGUUCGCUUGUGGUGUACGCGCCCGUUGACAUCCCAGCCAUGCACGUGGUUAUGAACGGUGGUGAUUCGGCUUACGUAACUCUCUUACCAUCGGGUUUCGCUAUCGUCACGGAUGAUCCUCCGGGCUCUAAUGGAGAUGCUGAUGGGAACGACAGCGGAGACUUCUCUCCGAAAACGGGAGGGUCACUUCUCACUGUGGCUUUCCAAAUACUGGUCAACAGUUUACCGACGGCCAAGAUCACGGUGGAAUCGGUGGAGACAGUGAAUAAUCUAAUUUCGAGCACCGUCCAGAAGAUUAAAGUUGCCCUUCAGUGCGAAAGCUGAGUGCCAAAAGCUCACGUGAUCCUUUCUUCGGUAAUUUUUAGGCUUUUUUAAAAAAGGAAGUGUGUUUGUGUAUUUAGCCAUUGAUUAGGGUUGGAUGGUUUGUGGUGGAGAGUGAAAACUGGAGAGCUUUUCCCGUUUUGCGUUUGUCUUUGUGUGCAACUCAGUGAGUUGGAGGGUAUUGAGUCAAGAACGAACCGCGCGUGAACAGACAUAGACUCCUUGCAUGGGUGGUAAUCAGCUUAUUCGGUGAUAGCGCAAAUGCAAGGAUGGUGGUUCGAGUAUUGACUCGGGUUGACCCGUCAACGCCGGGGUUUGCUUUUGGAAACUUAAUUUCUAACU